UGUGGCGUUCAGCAUUGUGCCUGACAGGGCAGGUGCCAGCACAAAUCAUUUAUGGCCUAGUGUAUAAAGAGUACUACUCCAGCUGAAGGCUACAGAAACCGUCAUGGAAUCAGCAGACGAGGAGCAGCCUCUGCUUCUUGACCCCCAGCAUCUUCCUCCGGCAAGGCCAGCAGCGGCAACAGAUGCCAACACACAUGAAUCUCCCAGCAGCAAGAACGUCGCUAGGCCAGCAGGGGGUUGGAAGGCGCCGAUGGCAAUGGUGCUGGUGCAGCUCUUCCAGACGGGGUUGGUCCUGCUCUCCAAGGUGGUGAUCGGCCACGGCCUGUGCGUCUUCGCGCUCGUCACCUACCGCAGUGCCUUCGGCACCGCGUUCCUCCUCCCCUUCGCGCUCAUCUGCGAGAGGGACAAGUGGAGGGAGAUGAUGAACUGGCGUGUCUCACGGUGGAUUAUCUUCAACGGGUUCAUCGGGUAUGCGGUGCCAAUAAACCUAUACUACAACGGUCUCCGAGAUACCACAUCAUCCUACGCCAUCAUAUUUCUCAACAUGAUCCCUCUCAUCACCUUCAUUCUCUCGCUUGCGUUCAAAAUGGAGAGAUUGAAAUUCGCCACAGUGGCCGGAUCACUGAAGAUAGUCGGCGUCCUGGCCUCUGUUGGAGGCACAAUGGUCAUAAACCUUUACAAGGGCAACGAGCUGCAUCUAUGGAGUUCCCUUCAGUACCACAAGAAUGAACAGACAGAGGUUGCAAGCCAUCAUGUAAGAGGAACAAUCUUCUUGGUGGCCAGCAGCUUCGCAUAUGCUUGCUGGUACCUGAUUCAGUCAGAGGUUCACAAAGUAUACCCAUACAAGUAUUGGUCAUCCAUGGCGACAUGCUUGGUAGGAGGGUUUAUGACAGCAUUCGCUGGAGUAGUAGUGAGAAGAGACUGGGACGCAUGGAAGCUUGGAUGGAAUCUGAAACUACUUACAGUUGUGUACUCGGGGGGUCUUGCAACGGCAGGGAAAUAUAGCCUGAAUUCAUGGGUCGUUGGCAAGCAAGGCCCAGCGUAUCCUCCAAUGUUCAGCCCAUUAUCAGUCGUCUUCACUGUUGUAUUGGGCUCCAUCCUUUUAGGAGACAGAAUUACAGUAGGAAGCCUCCUUGGAACAACAAUGGUGAUUGCUGGACUAUACGUAUUUCUUUGGGCUAAAUCACAAGAUCUGCCUGGGAAAUAAUAAAUCUAUUAGGUGGUACGGAAUUCUUGAACUACAUUAAAAAUUGUAUUAGUAUCAUCCUAAAUUGGCAUGGCUAGAUCAAAGGCUUUGCCUACUUUACUGUAAGCGCACUCCGCUGUAAAUGGAUUUGAUGAGUAAUAUAGUACAAAAUCUCUAUUUUCCCUCUUA